UUGCAUUACUGCAUCCAGUGCUGAGUGUUUUUCUUUAUAUUAAACCCUAAUUAUGAAUUGGGUAUAACUCACCAGUCAGUGAUGAAAAAUGUAUGUAUUGAUCUUUUUUUUUAAAUGUAUUCCAGUUUUGCUGGUAACUCUGAAAUUUAAAAUUUUCUUUAGCUGGUUGUUAAAAAAGGUGGUUUAGAGCAAGGAAAAUCUUUAAACAGAGUAGUCCUGUGCUGUAGUCAUCCAGGACUAUUCUGCUGCCUAUUCAAAAGGAAGUAAUCCUAAAUAUGAAUUAGGAAGAUCAAUCAGAUAUAUUAGAAGGUUAAUAUUUUCAUAAGCAGAAAACAUUUAAGAUACACUACUCAGUGAACUUCUGGAAUACACAGUCAUUUAGGAUCUACCUGUGUAAUUAAAAAAAAAAAACUUUUUGAAACUGUGUUAUGCAGAUUUUAAUAUUGCAUUAUGCAUCAUUCCUACUGACUCUUUUCUAACGCUUCAGAGCAAAUAUUAGCAAACAUAGUUGCAUAUUACAGGUUUAAUAACUAAGCUAUUGGGAUUCCUUGCAUUGGAAUGUUAAUAUGAGUUGCCGUUACAUAAAUUAAUUACAUAAUUACUAAAUUACAUAAAACACACACAUGCAUACACACGCACACACACACCAGGGAAAAGGAACAAGUAGAGGACAGCUGCUUACAUUCAUCUCUCUACACCUCCACUUUCAUCAAGUUAACUGUAGCCAUAGCUAUGGGGCUCAGUGUAACUCAACUACAGUCUUUUACAGUAAACAGACAGACAAAGAGAGAGAGAGAGAGAGAGAGAGAGACAUGUUACCAAAAUGCAGGAGAUUCCAAUGUGGCCUCCAACUGCAGUGAAAUACACUGCGCUCUGUGUGUGUGACAGCUGACAAUGCAGGGAUCAUCAGUGGAGAGGAUUAAUAAUAGUAGUCGUUCUGAAAAUAACACCAAGACAAAAACCACACCUAUUAUCCUGCAAAUAAGUGCUGUAUACAGAGAGAAGAGGCAAAUGCUCAUUGUCACUGCACAGUCAUGACUAAGCGCCCUGUCCCAGCUUUGUGUGUAUGGACAUGGACACUUUUGAGCCUCAUCCCCUCAGUAGUGUGUAACCUUGAAGGGGCUCUGCAUGGGGAUCUUAUGAGAGGUUACAACAAGAACAUCAGACCAGUGGAGAAGAAUGGAGACAUCACAGAGGUCAAACUGAAGAUGACCCUCACCAACCUAAUUUCUCUGAAUGAAAAAGAGGAGACACUGACCACAUGUGUUUGGGUAGAGAUGCAGUGGUAUGACUAUAGGCUCAGGUGGGCUGACAGGCCAGGGUUUGAAGCAUAUGAGAACAUCACAGGCACACGGAUUCCCUCAAAAGCCAUCUGGCUUCCUGAUAUUAUACUGGAGAACAAUGUUGAUGGGCAUUUUGAGAUCACACUCUACACCAAUGCUCUGAUAGACCCAUAUGGUAUGGUGUACUGGCUUCCCCCCGCAAUCUACCGCAGUGCCUGUGCAGUCAAAGUCAACUAUUUCCCCUUUGACUGGCAAAACUGCAGCAUGGUAUUCAGGUCUCAGACGUACAGUGCUAAUGAGAUUGAGCUGAAACUGACGAAUGAGGAAAACACCGUAGUGGAAUGGAUUGAGAUCGACCCCGAAGCUUUCACAGAGAAUGGUGAAUGGGUAAUUAAGCAUCGGCCAGCUAAGAAGGUGGUGAACGAGAAGUACAGCCGAGAUGAGCUGGACUACCAGGAGAUUAUCUUCUUCCUCAUCAUCCAAAGAAAGCCACUUUUCUACAUCAUCAACAUCAUUGUGCCCUGUGUGCUCUUCUCUUCUCUCGGACUGCUGGUCUACUUCCUGCCAGCUAAAGCUGGAGGACAGAAAUGUACCAUGUCCAUCACUAUCCUGCUUGCACAGACUGUAUUCCUCUUCCUCAUCGCAAAGAAAGUUCCAGAAACCUCUCAGGCUGUUCCCCUGAUUGGCAAAUAUUUGAUGUUUGUGAUGUCUGUGACUGCAAUCACAGUGAUGAACUGUGUAGUAGUUUUGAAUGUCUCUCUGCGAACUCCCAACACACACCUAUUAACCAAUAAAGUCAGGAAGGUACUGUUAAACAUUUUUCCUCGGGUGCUGGGGAUGAGGAUGCAGCGCUGGACACCACAUAGGGUACUGAAUGCAGAUGGCAUAACGAACAAAUCUACUGUCCCUCUGAGGAGACACAGCUCACUAGGACUAAUUGUGAAGGCGGAUGAGUACAUGCUGAAGACGGCACGCUCUGAGCUGAUGUUCAGCAAGCUGAAAGAGAGAGGCGGGCUCAUGAGGAGUGCCCUGGAGAAGAUCCGGAACAGCCUGGAGGAAGACACGGUCCAGGAUUUGACUUGGGGUCUGGCCAUGGCGUCACCAGAGUUGCAGCAGUGUGUAGCUUCCUGCAAACACAUCGCUGAGAGCACCAAACAGCACAAUGACUUCCAGAAAGAGAAUGAGGAGUGGUUCCUGGUUGCCCGAGUGAUUGACAGACUCUGCUUCAUCACCAUGGCCUUGCUGUUUAUGCUGGGCACCAUCGGAAUCUUCCUCAUGGGACAUUUUAACCAAGCUCCAGCACUUCCAUUUCCUGGAGACCCCAAAAGAUAUCUCCCUGAGAUAUUCACCGCAAACAUCACAGGACAGCAUUGACUAACUUGGGGUUGGGGUACUAGCAUAUUCAUCUUGGACUUAACUCCAUCACCAUGAGAGAAAAGCUUACUUCAGCUUCUUAAAUACAAAAAGAGGUGCUUUGUGCUUGUCCUAAAAUAAUUUUGAGUCAUCCUUGCUGAUUAUUUGUUGCUGAUUAUUUUGUACUGUAUUACUGUAUUAUAUCAUGACUGGGCCACAAAAUCCGUUUAGGCUGAAAUGCUUUUGUGUGGUAUUGCCUACAUUUGUGUUCUAACAAGGAGUUACUGUUUAGUAUAAGUCACUUCAGAACUCAACAAAGUAAACCAUCUUUUUCCUAGUAAUAAUCAGAUGUAUCUAUGG